CAGCUGCAGGCGACCCUCCCUCCCCAGCAAACCCUCCCCUUCUGCCCCCUCAAGCCUCACGCACUUUACCCAAAUUAAUCUCAAUUUUGCACAUCAAGUCGUGACGCAGUGAAAAGUCCCUGGAAAGCGUCCCUGUCACUUUAACUCUCUGGCGGGAACGUUUGGAGCGAGACGCUGCCACAGCGGGCUCAUCCCAACAGUCGUUGUUGGGGCGGCAGAAACUUUUUAAUCUUCCGAUUUUUUUACGAGGACAUACUGAUGGAAGACGAUUAGUUAACUUGUCAUAUCGCUAAGUAUCAACAUAUCACCACAUAGCACAUGUUUUCACGGUGUUUGGGCAGAAAUUACACGUUUUUCCGGCAGUGUUGGUUUUCUCGUUUAAGCUAAGUGUUAUUGAGCACAAGUCUUGACAGGAUCCUUGAGAAACAACUGCGACUCUUUCGAACAAUAAUGACAGUUGUCAAAUCCCUCAUAACUUAAUUAUAACUAAUUGAACGUCGGAUUGACUGAUUUUCAAACAAGUCCAACCGUCUGCCCACGUCUUUUCGAGGGAGAACCGGGGGAGAACCGACCCGACGGGUCCUCUGCGCGGAGUCACGGCCUCCCGCGCUGAGCCAGCCGAGGCUGCUCGAGGAAAAGGGAGGUCCUCUACAGUCCUCCCCCUCCUCCCCUCUCCUCCCCCUUCAUCUUAUCAUCAGGACCGAGUCCUCCGCAGAAAGGCCGACACUGAGAUGCAUGUCUUGCACUCUCCUCUAAACCGGAGCGCGAAACAAGGGAUUAAAAGCGUUGCCAGGAGCGCAGAGUGAAAAAAGAGAAGCAGACGGGGGCCAGACCAGUAAACCAUUUAACCAGUGAGGGGAGAGCGGAGUUAGGACCGGCAACUACAAGAGUCAGGAACUUUAGGCUUCUUCUUUUUUUAAAGUGUGCAUCUCUGGUAGAUCGGAAGGUGCCUGUGCUCCCCCCCCCCCUGCCCCUACCACCACCAACUCUGGACUCGGAUUAUCGUCGCAUCCUCUGCGCGUCGUUUGGAUUAUUGUUGCUUUAAUCCCGGUGGUCCGCCAUGAAGACAGAAGUGUGGAUACAAGCGCUGGUGCUGGCCGUGGUGUCGCUGGUGCAAGCAGGCUUCUGUAAGGAAAGGGAGCUGUCCCUUCAGAAGUAUGAGAAGACUGAGAGCUCUUGGCUGGUGUGCCCCACCUGCCCACAGGCCACUCGCGUGCGCAAGAGGAAGAAGCUGGAAUGGUGUGCCUCUAGAUGUAAAAAGGACAAGAAAUUCAAAUGCAGGGCCUUCAACUUUGAGAAGCUCAGCAGGACGUGCCACUUGCUCCCCUUCGACCGCCUCAGCCCGGGAGCACAGACACAAAACAACGUCAACUUCACGCUUUACGAACGCAAAGAUUACAUUCGGGAGUGCAUUGUUGGAACCAAUGGACAGUACAGAGGAAGGAGGUCUUGGACAAAGUCCAACAUCACCUGCCAAGCCUGGUCUGACAACAGCAUCCACGACCACACGUACUUUCCGGAUCAGUCGCCGGCGCUGGACCUCAGAGAGAACUUCUGCCGUAGUCCCAAGAACCAGGGCAGGCCUUGGUGCUACACCACGGACCCCAACACGCGCGUGGAGGAGUGUGGGAUCCCCCAGUGCUCCGAAGAGGUCUGCAUGACGUGCAACGGAGAGGACUACCAAGGGAGGGUGGACCAGACGGAGAGCGGCCGCGAGUGCCAGCGCUGGGACUCCCAGAGACCACACAGGCACCCGUUCCAGGGGAGGACGUAUCGGGAUAAAGACCUAAAGGACAGCUAUUGCCGUAACCCGGACCACCGUCUCCGUCCGUGGUGCUACACCAUGGACCCCAAGACCCCCUGGGAGUACUGCAACAUCUCCGUGUGUGAUUCUCCGGGAGAUCCGUCAGUCAACGUCACAACGUCGUGUGUGCAGGGCAAGGCGGCGGACUACAGAGGCACAGUGAGCAUGACUCCCAGAGGACUGACCUGUCAGCGCUGGGACUCCCAGUUCCCCCACAAUCACUCCUACCUUCCCCAGAACUACAAGUGCAGAGAUCUCAGAGAAAACUACUGUCGCAACCCCGAUGGCUCAGAUUACCCAUGGUGCUUCACUACAGACCCUCAUCAGAGGAGGGCCAGCUGCACUCAGAUUCCCAGAUGUGACGCGUUGGCCUCUCAGAAAACAGAAUGUUACCGGGACAACGGGGAGGCCUACCAGGGCACUCUGUCCAUGACCAGGUCUGGGAUCCCGUGCGGGGACUGGUCCCAUCACAUCAACAGUAGGGAUCCUCACUCCGUAGAGUCCCACGUCCUGCUGGAGAAGAACUACUGCCGGAACCCCGAUCGGGACAAGAACGGGCCCUGGUGCUACACCAGCUCCAGCAGCCGCCUGGCCUGGGACUACUGCGAGCUCAAGAAAUGUGAAUCUCCCAGAAUCAGCGCUCCGUUAAACAAUCUCACUGCGCCCUCGACCUCGUGCAUCGUCCACAUAAACACCCGGAUCGUGGGGGGGCACCAGGUCCAUGGCUCCGACGGCAGCUGGGUGGUCAGCAUCCAGAGAGAGAACAACCACUUGUGCGGGGGGACCCUGGUGAGAGAAGACUGGGUGCUGACCGACCAGCAGUGCUUCACCUCCUGCGUCCCGGACCUGAAGGACUACAGCGUGCAGGUGGGGCUCCGCCACCUCAACGCCUCCUCCGCUCACCCCCGCCUGCACAUCCUCCGGCUGGUCUGCGGCCCGGAGGGCUCCAACCUGGUGCUGCUCAAACUGGAGCGGCCCGCCCCGCUGUCCGAGGGAGCCACCAGCAUCCAGCUGCCGGUUCGAGAGUGUCACAUCCGUGAAGGCACCAACUGCACCAUGUACGGCUGGGGAGAGACCAAAAACACCGGCCACGAGGAGUCGCUGAAGGCCGUUACCAUGCCGAUGGUCAACAACGAGGUGUGCUCGCGGCUCAAAGACGGCGCUGGGGACAGCCGAGUGUGCGCCGGCGGCAAGAGAGGCGAGGGCAUCUGUGACAAAGACAACGGGGGCCCGCUGGUCUGCCAGGACCACCAGCGCAAGGUCAUCAUCGGGGUGUCGGUGCAGCGGACCAAGUGCGCGUCCUCGCAGCCCGCGCUCUUCGUCAACGUGGCCUUCUACUCCGACUGGAUCUACAAGGUGUUCAAGCACUACCCCAGUUAGGGGCGGGGGGGGUCCAGCCCUCUGCGGGGUCCCAGUCGGCCAACGAGCGGUGUGACACAACCCCCCCCCCCCCCCCGCCCCCGCCCCCGAGGCAAAGGGAAGAGAGGACAUGAGGAAGGAAGGAACGGAGGAAGGGAGGGGGGGAGGGAGGAAGGGAGGGAAGCGCCCCCGAUGGGUGGUCAAGGGGCCGAUAGAAACCAAAGCAAAGCAAGGCUCAUAAAUUCCUGCCUCUCGGCAGUGUGGAUGGAUGACUGGACCACUGGGCCCCGGAGGCACCAUGGGACCGGCGGACUGAGGGGCCGGGGGGCCCUAUUAGGGUCCUAGCGGCUAGCCACCAGACAGGGGACAAGAGUUCAGCGCUCCGGACUCGUCGGAUCCACAAAGGAGACCGUACCAAGUUUGGACCGAAGCCUCGGUCUGACCACACAGCAGGAGAGUCGCAGGUCCUUUUUAUUAUCUCGCCCCAGGCACCUGGAACGUGCAUCAGUUGUGUGUCACAGACAAACAACUCUGAAUCCAUGCUGACGGAGGACGUGUGGGAAUGCUACCUGUGACUGUGUUUCCUGGAGAAUACUUGAAUAAUAAUAAUAAUAAAGACCCAACCCAAACGCCAGCCCUCUGAGAUGGUGUUGACCGGGGGUUUACCUGGACUGCGACUACACCGAUCUUUCCUCCUGAAUUCACAUGGGGGGGCGUUGUAGGAUUGAUGUUGCAGAAUGUGACGUUACCAAAUACUUAAGUGCCCUUAUGCAAAAAGAGACGGUUUGAGCUGUUCAAUCCUUCACGAAAUUGUGGGAACAUUUUGUCACCAAAUGCUUAAGUGUCCUAAAAUAAGGUUUUAGCUGUUAAUUCUUUAAAGAUAUUUAAGGUGUUUUUUCUUACCAAAUACUUACUAAGUGUCCUUACACUUACAACAAUUCAGUGCUACGCCGACAGCCAACUUUUAACACCAAUCACUCUGAGCAGCUACGCUAGAUUCCCCUCCAGACGUAGCUGUGAUUCUAGUUUCCCUCCUCUGAGGAGGGCGAUUAGCCCAGAAAUGGCUAAACUGCUCGGAAUGACGAUACUACAGAUUUAGCACAGGGGAAGCGAAGCGCCUUGCCAAGUAUAACACGGCUAUUGAGUCUCCUGUUUGGGAGGAACUCUGGCCCUUGGCGGGCUGCGUGUGGUCAGUACAGACAUAAGGUAGUGCAAAGGGGCUCCGUUUGUAUAUAACUGCAGAUGUAUCGAAUAUGUUUCUGGCACGCUCUAGUAUUUUAUGGGUCUUAUAGAUCUGGGAUGUAUUUGGCUCAGUUGGAAACAUAUUGCUUCUGAUUCUCUUCUGUAUUUGAAGAGAUUUGGGGCUCGUAAAUGUACCUAUAUUUAUUUUGAUCUUGUUUCUUUUGCUGAGAGGGUUUGGCCAUCUUAAGUGAUUUGGUGAUUUUGUUUGUGUUGUGAAGGGCUCAACCACCACUAGUCUGCAUAUUUGUUUUCUGUUAACAGACUUACUAAUGUCAUAUUCAAUAUUUAUCACGCUAAAGCAUAGGGGAGAAGACUUUUUGGGCAACAAUCGUUCGAAUAAUAUUGGCAUCAUUCACGACAUUUACUAAAAACAAUAUGCUUAUUUUGGCAGUAAAAUAAAAAUCGGAUUUCAUUUUCCCUUGGUUGUUGUAAUUUCCUCAGGUAAACGUGACUGUCACAUAAAAUCGGAAAGAAAACAAGUCAUAAAGUUGAGGAAACAUUUACAAUGCACAACUGUGACUGUGAAAUUCUUAUCCCGAAAAAGAAUGAUGUGAGUUUGCUUUUGGGAUUAAAAUAUGACAAAACAUUUCGUACAAAUAUGUUGCCUUAAGACUUAAGUAUACCUGGAGGAGGUGUCGAAUCUCUGAUAAAAACUGCAAAUUGUGAUUCAUAAGUACCUAAGGCAACAUUAAAUCGUCAGUUAGGAGGUAAAUUACUGCCAAAAGAGGCAAAAAGUAUACACUAAAGAAUGUUUAGUGUCCCCACAUGUCAAGUAUGUGUAGGGGAUUCACACUAAUAAUGUUAUAAGAUUUUUGAUAACAUGUCUUUGCUAUUUUUUUUUACUAUAUUUUUUGGGGAGAAUGAUUCCUGUUAUUUAAUUAAUGUAAAUACUGAUAAGCAUUAUGUAAAAUACAAUUGUAAUUUUGUAAAUGUCAUAAGUGUUUUCAAACUUUAUGUAUUGUUUAUUUGUAUUUUUGUAUAUUGGAAACUCUAUAACAGCUGCUAUUUUGUGUUAGUGUUUCUUACCCUUUGUUAUAUUCCCAUUUUAAUAAAUCAUUUCAGA